UUUAUAUCCGGAGUUGCAGAUGUUAUAUGGCAGACGAUUCUGUUCUCCUGCCUGCAAAAUGAACCGCACGCCGGAGAAACUAGCCGGCGAUCUCGCUCCGCCACCCGCAGCCGUCUCUUUCGGCCACGCCAUCCCUCACCACUCUUAUGACAUCAAUGCCGACCGCGAGAAUGAGCAAACGAGCUACUCAUCGGGCUCUGAUCUGGACGAAGAAGGUUUAUUCCAGCUGCAAUCUGCUGAGCUCGGCGAUUCCUCAACGAAGCCACCGAGGAUGCCGAUCUUCGUUGAUAAUGAAAUCAGGCUGUCGGCGAAGCAAUUCAGCCGGAAACCUCCGCCGCCGAUUAGGUAUGAUGUUCCGGAUCCGAAUCGGAUUCCAAUGUCGGUGUUCGCGAGGAGCACGGCGACUACAUCGCCGAAGGAGUGGAGUGUAGCGUCGAAUGAGUCGCUAUUCAGCAUUCAGUUGGGGAAUUCGAGUUUUUCGAGGGAACAGGGGAUGUUAUUGAUGGGGAGGUCAGAGGAUUUGAUGAGCGGAUCUUUGGAAUGCCCCCCGCCGAGGGUGAUGCCGGCUAGGGGGGCGAUCGAAGGGAAUGUGAAGCUGGUGGAUGUGAAUAAGAUGAAGGAGGUAGAGGAGGAGAAGACGACGGGGUAUCCGCUUAUCGAUAGCAUUUCGAGGCAGUCUGAUUGCAGCAGCACCACAAGCUUCGGCUCCUUUGCCUUUCCCGU